UACACAUGCACACAUCAGUCGCGCUUACGGUACAUACAUACAUACAUACGAUCCUCUCUGACAGGGUUUGAAUCUUACGCUUUCCGAGUCGCGUGUCGCGUCGCAGCUUGCCAACCGAACCUUGCGCCGACGGUGAUCAUCGCGGUGCCGCGCGUCCGUCGCUCCCGCUUCUUGCAGUGCGCGCGUCCCGAGAAAUACGGCUUGUGCAUCCCGCGACAUUCUGUGUGCUGCGGUGCUACCGUGCCGUGUGGCUGGCCGUAAUAGUAGAAGCAGUAGCAGCAGCAGUUCGCAGCCACUCGACCCUGACUCGCGCGACUUAUGCCUAGGUGACCCCGCGCUUGAGACUUUCUCCAACCUAAUUCCGAAGGCGGACAUCGAGCGAGUGCCACACGGAGGGACUACUGUCGUCUCCUCUCCUCGUCUUUGUCACCGUCAUUGUCGACGUCGACAUCGUGGUCGCCGCAGCGAUCGUCGCCGUCGUCGGCGACGUGGUCGGGAGAGCCAUCGCUAUCACAGCUCAAGUUUUUGAUACAGAAUGGGUAGCAGCAGCCAACUGUACAGUCUCUCCUGGGGAGAAUUCAGUUCCUCAUUGGUCUCUUCGGUGCAGCUCUUGAGGGGACAUGGUGAUUUGGUGGAUGUUACUCUAGCUGCUGGUGGUCGCAGCUUUCCUGCGCACAAAAUUGUUCUCUGUGCAGCCAGCCCUUUUCUACUAGACUUGCUAAAGAGCACACCAUGCCAGCAUCCAGUAGUUAUGCUGGCUGGAAUUGGAGCAGACGAUUUGGAAUCUCUAUUAGAAUUUGUAUACCGUGGAGAAGUGAGUGUGGAGCCAUCGCAGUUGCCUUCGCUACUCCAAGCUGCUCAUUGCCUGUGCAUUCAUGGGCUAACUCCGCCGACCAUUGUAACAGAGAGCGGAGAAGAGAUCCCGGUGUCGGCGAUACCGGCGGUGAACGAUAACGUAUCGAGAGCGACGCUCAACUCGUACUACCCGUUGAAACGGAGGAAAAAGAGAAGGAAGUCGUCCACGUCUUCCGGCAAAUGGGCUUGCGCCAGUAACACCACCGACAGCGAAAGCAGGCCUAUGGACGGACAUGAUCACAACCGAACAGUGCAUUACGAGAAUAAGGAUGACGACACAACAGAUCAAACGGACGAUACAGCGGGCAACUGCCUGGAGUACGCGAACAACCAUCAAGGCGGCAACCACUCACCGCGUACGCAAGAGUCCUCCGUCGCGGAUAAUCAUCAAGCGGCGGGCGUGCAUCGGGACCAUGCGGCAUCCGACGGCGAGUCGCACAUGCAAACGUACACGAAUCCGACGCAGGGGUACUCGCCGUUGCACGUACCGCAGUUCCCCAGCUCCAUGGGCUCCUACUCGCACGGGCAUGGGCUGUCGCUCAGCAGCCAAGCGAUCUUGAACCAGUCGAAGGCGCGCGGCGCCUCCGAUUGCCCGGGUGUGUGUCCGCUGUGCGGUGCGACGCUACGUCAAGCAAGGAAUCUGCGGAGACAUCUACUGUCCUCGUGUAAAUACCGCUUCGGCCACUCAGCGCAGAAUGCCAGCGGUGGCGGCGGCGGAGUCGGCGGCGGUGGCGAGUCGUCAAUGAUGGUAGGAGUGGUGAAGACUGAGAUUGAGAUACCAGGAUAUGAUCAGACUACUCGCGAGAGCGCCGACAGCGGCGGAAGCAACCACAGUUAUGAACAUAUAGUCUGCAAGCCCAGCCUACUCUCGCCAACGUCGGCGGACGGCGUGCACGACAGGAUGUCGCCGCACAGGAGCAUCACGUCGCCAACGAUCGCAAGAUAAAUUGUACAGGAGGAGGACUCGUUGUCGGGAGCGCGCUCGGGGACGACGACGACGACGACGACGACGACGACGACGUCUACGAGCGCGCGCGUGAUCGCGUCGUCGUUCAUUCGCGUUUCGUUCAAGCCGAAGGAAGAAUUUUUCGUAGCCAAUUCCGUAGUGGAUUCCGUUCCGGUUGUCGAUGACGACGACCGCGCUCAUCAUCAGUGGACACCGGAUUCGGCGUCGCGAAUACUCGUCUUCCCCCGUUCGCGUGUACUUACGUGAGUCUUCUCUGUGUGUGUGUGUGUGUGUGUGCUUCCGUUGUUCGCCGCGGGUAGAGCGAGCGGGGAAAAUGGACAUGAGGACGGUGAAGGAUUAUCUCGACGAACAUCUCGCUUGUAUAGUACGUUUUGUACAGUUCCGUCCCGGUGUGAAAAGGUAUCGAGAUAGCGCUAGAUAGAUAUCAAGGCAAACAGAUGGAAACUUGAACAGCGCGGCAGGUUACUGUUCUGAUUGGGAUCUGUCUUGAGAUCUGACAGGAAACAGGAUAUCUGGAACUUCUUAUUCCGUCAACUAUUCUCAAAAUUGUGCUGCGAUUAAUCUCUCCGGGAAUUCUUCAGGGACUGUACUCUGUGCGGGUACACUACUACCGGCAACUGUCCGUUUAAUCUGUGUCGUGCAGGUCGUAUCAUAAAAUAGCUGCGUGCUGAUGACAUGUGCCGAACUGACAAUUGUCUGUAAAUGUGUAGAGAGUACAGCCCCAGGAAUAUUAUACAUUAUAUGUAUAUAAUGUGUAUAUGUUUAAGUAGACUCGGCCUUUCUGGUUUAAUUCGAACAAAAAUUGACAAAAUGUACAACAAACCGUGAAUUUCCCCUACAGAAAAGAUAAUCUUGUCGGGCAACAUGAUCAGCAUAAUUAUAUUUGUAUUUUUUUGGAAUUAAAUCUUUUUUUGUGAUUUUGAUAGAUUCGCAUUUAGAAAGGUUGAUUUUUUACGGCACCAUUUUACGUCAUCAACGUGAGAGAAAGACUCGUGUGUAUUGAACGUACCAGAUUUCUGCGAAUGUCUCGAACCCAUCUUACAUUCGAUAUAACGAGCUCGCGUAUAACGUAGCUAACGCGAUCAAGUGGCCGCGCACUGCACAAGCGAGAUGUCCGUCGAUGAUCUUCGUCUUCGCGCAUCAUUCUCCCCGAUCGCCUCCAGCAAAGAACGUACACAACGGGAGCAUACAGAGUGAACUCUCACGUAAACGUGCCCGAACUCGGCGUACGCGAGACUCCUCUUGCGUGUACUUACGUGCGAGUUCGUUGUGUGUGCUUCCGUGGUUCAGUCCGAAGAAAGUGGAACUUGAAGAACGGUGAAAAGCUCACCGACGGAUAUCUCCCCUGUAUAGUUGUUUCGUUUUUGGUUAUACCGAGCGAUCGCACUCGUUAUUUAAUAUUAGACACUAAUUCGGGAUCCUCGCGAAGACUGUUACGUUCAACAUACACGAAUCUUCCACGUUAGCCUGUAAGCCAGUAAAAGCUCCGUAGAAUUAAUCGCCGCGCAAUUUUGAAAACAGCACCAGCGCGAACAAGAGAGGGAGAGAGGGAUAGAAAGAGAGGGGGAGAAAGUGCAUAACGUGCUCGAUAUUCUUUUACCUGUCAGACUUUUAGACGAAUCUCAGUGUGGACGAGUUGCGUGUGCGCAACUUCGAAUGUGUCAUCGCUCGCGGUUGACACUGCCACUUCGAUUCCUCCGCAUCGAGACGGUCUAAUAAUGCGUAGCGGCGAUUCGAUUCUAAGAUACGCCGUCUACCGAUACUCCGCGCGCGAGCGAGCGAGCGAGCGAGCGAGCGAGCCGUUUUUAACGACAAAACAUUGAGACAGCCACGAAAUGCGAAACAAUAAUCGGCGCACAUUCCUAUUUUAUAAAGACGGUCUCUGCGUACACCGUGGGCUGUUGACAAUAGUGCGUAUACAAAGCGACUAGAGCUUCAUCGAGGAGAAAAUAGGAUUAAACAGUAUGAUAAUGUA